GCCCGUGGCCGCCCGUGUGUCCUCGCGUCGCUCGUCCGCGCGCAGCCUGGCAGUUUGCUUCUUCUUCGCCUUCCAGCUUGCGUCCAUGGCCACCGCAGCGAACGAGGAGCCCUUCCCUUUCCACGGCCUCCUCCCGAAGAAAGAGACUGGGGCCGCGUCCUUCCUCUGCCGCUACCCGGAGUAUGACGGUCGGGGGGUGCUCAUCGCCGUCCUGGACACGGGGGUCGACCCCGGGGCUCCGGGCAUGCAGGUUACAACUGAUGGAAGACCGAAAAUCAUUGAUAUCAUUGACACAACAGGAAGUGGUGAUGUGAACACUGCUACAGUGGUAGAGCCAAAAGAUGGUGAAAUUAUUGGUCUUUCAGGAAGAGUGCUUAAGAUUCCUGCGAGCUGGACAAAUCCCUCAGGCAGAUACCACAUUGGCAUAAAAAACGGCUAUGAUUUCUAUCCAAAGGCUCUCAAGGAAAGAAUACAGAAAGAACGGAAGGAAAAAAUUUGGGACCCUGUUCACAGAGUCGCCCUUGCAGAAGCCUGUCGAAAGCAGGAAGAAUUCGAUGUUGCCAACAAUUGCCCUUCCCAAGCAAAUAAACUAAUCAAGGAGGAGCUUCAGAGUCAAGUGGAAUUGCUUAACUCUUUUGAGAAAAAAUACAGUGAUCCUGGCCCUGUAUAUGACUGCUUGGUGUGGCAUGAUGGUGAGACCUGGGGAGCCUGCAUUGCUUCAAAUGAAGAUGGGGAUUUGAGUAAAUCUACUGUUUUGAGAAAUUACAGAGAGGCCCAGGAAUAUGGCUCUUUUGGCACAGCUGAGAUGUUGAAUUACUCCGUUAAUAUAUAUGAUGAUGGAAACCUGCUCUCCAUAGUGACGAGUGGAGGAGCUCACGGAACACACGUAGCCAGUAUAGCUGCCGGGCAUUUUCCAGAAGAACCUGAACGGAAUGGUGUGGCUCCUGGUGCUCAAAUUCUUUCCAUCAAGAUUGGUGAUACAAGACUAAGCACAAUGGAAACGGGCACGGGCCUUAUCAGAGCUAUGAUAGAGGUUAUAAAUCAUAAGUGUGAUCUUGUCAACUACAGCUAUGGAGAAGCAACUCACUGGCCAAAUUCUGGGAGAAUAUGUGAAGUAAUUAGUGAAGCCGUGUGGAAGCAUAACGUAAUUUAUGUUUCAAGUGCUGGGAAUAACGGCCCCUGCCUUUCUACAGUCGGGUGCCCAGGAGGAACCACAUCAAGUGUGAUAGGUGUUGGUGCCUACGUUUCUCCUGAUAUGAUGGUUGCCGAGUAUUCUCUGAGAGAGAAAUUACCUGCAAAUCAGUACACGUGGUCUUCUAGAGGCCCCAGUGCUGAUGGGGCCCUUGGAGUGAGCAUCAGUGCCCCAGGAGGUGCCAUAGCCUCUGUUCCUAACUGGACGCUGCGCGGAACUCAGCUCAUGAACGGGACGUCUAUGUCUUCUCCCAACGCGUGUGGAGGCAUUGCCCUGAUUCUGUCAGGUCUGAAAGCUAAUAAUGUUAACUACACGGUUCAUUCAGUCAGAAGAGCUCUCGAAAACACUGCAGUGAAGGCUGACAAUAUAGAAGUGUUUGCCCAAGGACAUGGUAUUAUUCAGGUUGAUAAAGCCUAUGACUACCUCGUUCAGAAUACAUCAUUUGCUAAUAAGUUAGGUUUCACUGUUACUGUUGGAAAUAACCGUGGCAUCUACCUCCGAGAUCCUGUUCAGGUGGCUGCACCUUCAGAUCACGGUGUUGGCAUUGAACCUGUAUUUCCAGAAAAUACUGAAAACUCUGAGAAAAUAUCCCUUCAGCUUCAUUUAGCUUUAACUUCGAAUUCAUCAUGGGUUCAGUGUCCCAGCCAUUUGGAACUCAUGAAUCAGUGCAGACACAUAAACAUACGUGUGGAUCCCAGGGGCUUAAGAGAAGGAUUGCAUUAUACAGAGGUAUGUGGCUAUGAUAUAGCAUCGCCUAACGCAGGUCCUCUGUUCAGAGUUCCAAUCACUGCAGUUAUUGCAGCAAAAGUAAAUGAAUCAACCCAUUAUGAUCUAGCCUUGACAGAUGUACAUUUUAAACCUGGUCAAAUUCGAAGGCAUUUUAUUGAGGUUCCUGAGGGUGCAACAUGGGCUGAAGUUAUGGUGUGCUCCUGUUCUUCUGAGGUAUCUGCCAAGUUUGUUCUUCAUGCAGUGCAGCUUGUGAAGCAGAGAGCCUAUCGAAGUCAUGAGUUCUAUAAGUUUUGUUCCCUUCCAGAGAAAGGAAUGCUGACUGAAUCUUUUCCUGUCUUGGGUGGGAAAGCAAUUGAGUUUUGCAUUGCUCGUUGGUGGGCAAGUCUUAGUGAUGUCAAUAUUGAUUAUACCAUUUCUUUUCAUGGGAUAGUAUGUACUGCUCCUCAGUUAAACAUUCAUGCAUCAGAAGGAAUCAACCGUUUUGAUGUUCAGUCCUCCUUGAAAUAUGAAGAUCUGGCUCCCUGCAUAACUUUGAAGAGCUGGGUCCAAACACUGCGCCCACUCAGUGCAAAAACAAAACCUUUAGGAUCAAGGGAUGUUUUGCCAAAUAAUCGUCAACUUUAUGAGAUGAUCCUGACUUACAACUUUCAUCAACCCAAGAGUGGGGAAGUGACUCCAAGCUGCCCCCUGCUUUGUGAAUUAUUGUACGAAUCAGAAUUUGACAGCCAGCUGUGGAUUAUAUUUGACCAGAACAAAAGACAGAUGGGUUCUGGCGAUGCUUACCCUCAUCAGUAUUCUUUGAAACUGGAGAAAGGAGAUUAUACAAUUCGACUGCAGAUUCGUCAUGAGCAAAUCAGUGAUUUGGAACGUCUUAAAGAUCUUCCAUUUAUUGUUUCUCAUAGGUUGUCUAAUACCUUGAGCUUAGAUAUUCAUGAAAAUCAUAGUCUUGCACUUCUAGGAAAGAAGAAAUCAAGUAACUUGACAUUACCACCCAAAUAUAACCAGCCAUUCUUUGUUACUUCCUUACCUGACGACAAAAUACCUAAAGGGGCAGGACCUGGAUGCUACCUUGCAGGAUCAUUAACAUUGUCAAAGACUGAACUUGGAAAGAAAGCUGAUGUAAUCCCUGUUCAUUACUACCUAAUAUCUCCACCAACAAAGACAAAGAAUGGCAGCAAAGACAAAGAGAAAGAUUCAGAAAAAGAGAAAGAUUUAAAAGAAGAGUUUACUGAAGCAUUACGAGAUCUUAAAAUUCAGUGGAUGACAAAGCUGGAUUCUAGUGACAUUUAUAAUGAAUUGAAGGAAACAUACCCUAAUUAUCUCCCUCUGUACGUUGCACGACUUCAUCAGUUGGAUGCUGAAAAGGAACGAAUGAAAAGGCUUAAUGAAAUUGUCGAAGCUGCAAAUGCUGUUAUUUCUCAUAUAGAUCAAACGGCCCUAGCAGUUUAUAUUGCGAUGAAGACUGACCCCAGGCCCGAUGCAGCUAUUAUAAAAAAUGACAUGGACAAGCAGAAGUCGACGCUCGUAGACGCCCUGUGUAGGAAAGGCUGUGCCCUGGCCGACCACCUUCUCCAGGCCCGGGAGGAGGAUGGGGCUGCAUCAGGCGACCUGGAAGGGAGAGAGGAGGAGGGAGAGAGCGCCCUGGAUUCUCUGACAGAAACUUUCUGGGAAGCUACAAAAUGGACUGAUCUUUUCGACAGUAAGGUUUUGACAUUUGCAUACAAGCAUGCCUUCGUAAAUAAAAUGUAUGGGAGAGGCCUUAAAUUUGCAACUAAACUUGUGGAAGAAAAACCAACAAAAGAAAACUGGAAAAAUUGUAUUCAACUGAUGAAGCUGCUUGGAUGGACCCAUUGUGCGUCUUUUACCGAAAACUGGCUCCCCAUCAUGUAUCCUCCUGAUUACUGUGUAUUCUAAAAUAGGAACCAAGACUUUAAAUUUUAAAAAAGAAAGUUUUAUAGUGAAUGGAUGUAAAAACAAAUUUGUGGCAUUUUUAGUCUAAUGCAUGUUUUCAUCUGCUAUCAAAUACUGAUUAUUAAAAUGAUGUGUAUUUAUCAGAGAA